GCCAGGACCGAGACCAGGAGCGGGACGGGUCCCACCGCAUCGGAGGGUCCCGCCGCUCCUCGCCAUGCUGCCGGCGCGCCUCCACCCAUGGCGGCUCCUGUCCGCUUCGCCGCUCCGCCUGCCCGCGCCGCGGGGAGCCGCCGCCGGGGAGCCCGCCCGGAUCCCGGGCACCACCCGCGCCGAGCAAGCUCACAGGGUGGUUGCAAGUUACAAGCCUUCGAAGUUUGACAAAAAAAUCCUCGUCUGGACUGGGCGUUUCAAGACAGAAGAAGAUAUUCCUCAGAGGAUCCCGCCAGAGAUGUUAGAUAAGGCAAGAAACAAAGCUCGAGUUAAAGCUUGUUACAUCAUGAUUGGACUCUCCAUCGUUGCCUGUUUUGCAGUGAUUGCCUCAGCUAAGAAGGCUGCUGCACGUCACGAGUCCUUAACAAGCUGGAACUUGGCAAAGAAGGCCAAGUGGCGGAAGGAGGCUGCGCUAGCAGCGGAGGCAAAGACCAAGUAACUUCACACACAAUGCUGAAUGUCCUUGUGGGAGCAAAAUUAAUGGUUGCUGAGAGUGAUAAGCGAAUAUCCCCAGUAACCAGACAGUUGUAGCAUUGUACAUCCAGGAGCCAAAAAAAGUACUUACAAGAUCACAAAAAGAACUGGAGGGUCUCUUAGAGACACUCAAUGUCCUUGUUGCAUAUAAUUAAUCUUAAAGUGUUUUGCAUAUGAUUGAAAUUUGCUUUUAAAGGAGAAGACGUAGUUUCUUAAGAAUGACAGGUAUGUUUGGUUAAAUAUUUGCAAAACAUAUUUAAACCCCAAAAACUUUGUCUAGUGAUAGUGCAGAGUUUUAAAAUGCACAAAUCAGCCACUUUGAAUUCAUUUGCCUCAGUGCGGUAUUCAAAAAGGCAGAUGCAUUUUCUAGUUUAAGCAGCCACACUUAUUCAACCACUAAAUAAAUACAACAAACAUCUGUAAAAUAGGUUUUAUUGGUUUCUGUAUGGUAUUUUGAGAUUUAACAUUCCAUAAUAUUGCAUACUAUUCAUGUGUUCUGUUACAGUAAUGGGCCUUUGGCCUGGAUUUAAAGAUGCACUAUUACUACCUGAAGUUCAUAUAGGCAAAUUUAGUUCCCACACAUUACAUGAACAUAUUGUGCCGUAACUAAAUGAAAUUUCUCAUUCCAGAUUUCAGUGAACUCCUGAGGUCACACAGUUAAACUUCAGGUAUCAACUGGCAGAUCUAUUACAAAAAUCCUCAGUUGUACAAUUUAGAAAAUUUAAACUGAGCAUUACCUGUAGAGGAUAGGCAAUAGUGCAUCUUUUCUAUUUUUAAAAAGACAGACCCAACAAUAAAUAUUUUCCAGUUGAAAAUGUGUUCUACAGCUAGCUUAUUUCUGUGUCAACAUUAUUACUAUUUUCUGAUUGCUGCUAGCAACAGUGUUUAAAGCAAAUACUAGGAAAUUAAAAAGCUGUAUGAACCAGUCCUCAGACAAAAGUGCAACAAUGAAAAAAUUAGGUAUGAUUCAGUGUGUCAAGAGUAGGGAACUAAAAAAUAUAAUCUCAUGCUCUGCCUAGUUGCAUAGAUUAGCUAGUUAAUAUUCACAUUUAAGCAGAACAAAUGGUACCCUUUUAAUUAAAGCCAAAACCCCAAACCCCUGUAUUUUUAAAGACUUUGCAACUGAUGGGGCACUUCAGAGUCCGUAUCUAGAGUCAAACUUAAA